CCAAUAUUAGUAUACUAAUUAGCACUAAACAAAAAUUGCAGCUGGGGCUAAUGGGAAUGUCAUUAGUUUUGUAGUUAUUUGGUCGUAGACCACAGAAUUGGACAAUUAAAAUUUUGAUGUGAGGGUGAUGCUAGAAGCAUGUAAAGUUAAAAUUUAUCUCUGGGGGAACAUGAAUGUAUUUACCAAAUUUCAUGACAAUCCUUCUAAUAGUUGUUGAGAUAUUUCACUCAAAAUCACAAAUGUCAACCUCAUGAUGGCACCGAAGGAAGAGUCAGUGAGUCACCAAAGCCAGUAGGGUUCAUUCUCUGUGAAUAAUGAAUGUCUGUACCAAAGUUCAUGGCAAUACAUCCUGUAGUUGUUGAGAUAUUUCAGUCUGGACCAAACCAGUGGAUUGACUCACCAACAUUGUCCUUGUGUGCUAAAAAGAAAGAAUAAAGAAACAGGAACAUUAUGGACACAUCAUAUACUGCACACUGCAUAUAUUCAGUAGUGAUAUACUUUAAACUAUUCUACGCAAAGAAUGACAACAGUAGAUUUCUUGCUAAAAAAAAAAAAAGCUAGGAUAAGACUGUAUGAGAAGAAAGUGGGAGUGAUGAUGUCUUCAUAAAUUACAUAUAUAAAUAUUGUAACAAUCAAAAUGACUAAAUAAUGAUGUUACAGCUAUAAUCACAGAUGAACAUGAAGUAGAUUCUUGAAUAGAAAAUAAAAACUGUUUUUAUGUCUAUAUUUUAUUGACAUUUUAUAACACAUUGUGCCAUUUUUAUCGCCCAAACUUCUCUCAUAAUAAACGUUGCAGGGUUUUCCAAGUAUGAAAGAAAAGACAUCUAGUCCAUGAUACAUCUAUGCGUCAUUGUUUCCUGCUUGAUACAUUUUCCAUUGAUAGGGUUUGAAGUGCUAUGACAUGUAAAUGCACACUUUCUGGUAGCACUUCAACUGAGACUCUUUUUCAUUGCAAAUCAUUGACACAAUUCAAAUAGGCAUAUUUUUGUAAGAAGAAUCUCCACUUCACUCAUUAACUCAAGAGGACAUCCUUUUUAGUGAAGCAAUCCAAAGAGGAGGGAGCUAAAAGCUUUAAAAGAAAUCAAGAAACUCAUUAUACUACAACAAGCAUCCACACAACGCCACAGCGUUACUGUCACAUAUUUAAUAGUAAAAAAUCCUUUGCAUUUUGUUUCACUGAGGUACAUCUAUCUGUAUUGUGGCUAAAAUGUUUGUGGAUGAGCGGAUUGUAACUCUGUUCAAAAGGAAUGCCCAUCACACACUUACUUACUGGAGUGUUUUCUUCAGCUUUGGACUCUGCAUUGCUUUCCUUGGACCUACGAUUUUGGAUUUGCAAUGUCAAACAAACUCAACACUUAGUCAGAUUACCUGGGUGUUUUUUUCCCAGCAGUUCUGCUUGCUGAUCGGCAGCUCCAUCGGUGGUGUUUUCAAGAGGACGUUGUUCAGUGCUCUGUCUGCCUUAUUUGUCUCUGCUCUCAUCAUCUCUGUAAUAUUUGCCAUCAUCCCUCUGUGCCAUAAUGUUCUGUUGCUCGCCAUUGCCAUGGCCGUGUCUGGUUUUGCGAUGGGCAUUAUUGACACCAUCGCUAACAUCCAACUGGUGACCAUCUAUCAGAGGGACUCGGCCGUUUUCUUACAGGCUCUUCAUUUCUUCAUUGGCUUUGGAGCCCUGGUGAGCCCACUGAUUGCAGAUCCUUUCCUCUCAGAGACAGGCUGUGGGAAUCACACAGGGAAUGGGACUGAGAUCAUACAUCAUUUCAGGAACAUGCUGAGAAACAGUCCAAUUGCAGAGCACAACAUAACUCAGAGCCACCUGCCCCAUGAGGGAGGGGAAGAGGAGUCCAUUGUACAUUAUGCUUUCUGGAUCAUGGCACUUAUCAAUCUGCCCGUGCCCAUUGCAGUCCUGUUCCUGAUGUAUCGGGAGCAGCUGAUCCCAUGCUGCCCUAGCGGCACUCCUCGUCUUCUGGACAAAGAUGAACUAGCAAUGGAGAACCAGCAGGGGGCGGAGGGCACAGACGAGGAGCAGAAAGAACAUGAAGCUGGAGGUCAUGGGGAUAUCUUUAGCUGCUGUCAGAAUGAUAACCUGCGCGGGCUGCCAGUAUCAUUCUUUAUGAUUCAUAUCCUUGGUGGGAUGGUGCUCUUCAUGACCGAUGGUAUUGUGGGUGCAUAUGCCGGCUUUGUGUACACAUAUGCUGUUGCACCGCCUAUGUCAUUACCUCACAAGACAGCAGGUUACCUGGCCAGUAUCUUCUGGGCAGCGAUCACUGCUGGACGUCUGUUGUCCAUACCUCUUUCGUACCGUUUCCAGCCUGUGAGACUGCUAAUGUUCAACCUGGCAGGUGCUAUUGUUACUGUGUUGAUGCUGCUUAUUUUCUACACCAGCAACACAUUUCUUUUUAUUGGAACAUGUUUAUGCGGGCUUUUCCUCAGCAGCAUCUUCCCCUGUAUGCUGGCCUACACUGAAGACAUCCUUGAUUACCAGGGAUGUGCAACCUCAGUCCUGGUGACAAGUGCAGGGAUGGGAGAGAUGGUAAUGCAGGUUCUGGUUGGCUCAAUUAUCCAGACUGAAGGCAGCUACAGCUUCCUGCUGUGUGGAAUGAUAAUCGCCUGCAUCGGUUUUAUCCUCUUCAUUGGUCUCCUGCUGUUCCAUCGGAUGCACAGAAAUUACCUCACAGGGACAACAAAAAUGUCUACCAUGGUGGAGGAACCAACACCUGAACAGAAUGGAUCUUCCAAAACUGAACAGAAAGAGGAAAAAGACAGCAGCUGAGAGCGGCUAUGAUUAAAUUAACAACUAUGCAUUUGCCUCAGAGACUGUAAAUGUUUUACUAAAGUCCACCAAAUGAAUAUUGUGCAGAUAUACUUUUAUUGUGCUGGAAAUUACAUUAUAUUUGCAAAGUAGACAGUGUUCAUCAAAUUGUAGAUUGGUGUUCUGUUUAUGUUUCAUCAGGGUUUGAAAUACUAGGAUUAUAAUUAUAUCAGCAGUUCUCCACUGAAAAUAUACCUGUAGUGCACUUGACAAAUUUAUGUUGGGGCUUCAGUUCAGUUUCAAUUAUAAUCUUUUGUUUUCUUGAUGUUUUGUGUUUUUUUUGCAUAUCUUUUGGGUAAUGUAUAUGGAAAAAUGUAUAAUAUGAGUAUUAAAACAAUUGUACUGACACA